UCCAACACAAACUAAAUCUUCAAACUUAAUCACUCUGCAAGUGCUGAAUACCUUCUUUUCCCUGUGGGGGUAGUAGGCAUGCAGCUGGUAGCCUGCUUAGCGGUGCUGGUGCUCUGUGUGGCAGAGGCUGUAGAGAAUUGUCCCGAUGUAUGUAAAUGCACCAAGCAAACCAGCCCUGAAAGGUCAGAGGUCAACUGCCACAAGAAGGGGAUGAGGAAGUUCCCCUCCAAACUGCCCCCGGAUUCCUGGAUUCUUAAAAUGGGCGAGAACAGAAUAGUAGACCUCCCGCCAAACGUUCUGAAACCCAUCCCCAAGAUCGAAAGCAUCAACUUGGAACGCAACGUCAUCAAAUCAAUACACCCCCAGGCCUUCUCUGGAGCCCGGAGGCUGAUGCUGCUCAACCUGUAUGGGAAUCAGAUCAACAAACUCCCCCUGAAGGGCUUCCAGGAUCUGCUCAACCUCCGCUUCCUCAUGCUGGGCCAGAACCAGAUUUCCAGUGUCAAACCAGACAUGUUCACUGGCAUGAGGAACCUCUCAGACCUGGACCUGCCUCUCAACUCUCUGACUGCCCUCCCUUCCAACGCCUUCAAGCCUCUGAUCGCCCUCAAGGUCCUGGACCUGGCCCUCAACCGCAUCCAGAGAAUCUCCACAAAGGGCUUUGUGGGCUUGACGGAGUUGCUGUUCCUCAACCUGGACAACAACAGCCUAAAGAGUAUCCCGGCUGGGGCCUUCAAGCCUCUGGCCUCCCUGGAGAUGCUGGUGCUGGAUAACAACCUGCUGUCCACGCUGACCUCAGCCACUCUGGAGGGCUUGUCCAACCUGCAGGAGCUCUACCUCAGGAACAAUGAGCUGGAGAGGCUGCCUCAGGACCUGUUCAGACACACACCCAAGCUUUCCCAGCUGGCCCUCAGUGGGAACAGGCUGAAGACUGUGGAUGGAAGCAUGUUCACCCAGCUGUCUGGCCUGAAGGAGGUGUAUCUCCACGACAACCCCUGGACGUGUGACUGCAACAUCAACAACCUGGUGCGCUGGAUGUCCCAGACCAAGGCCAACCUCUCCCCUUUGGAGUCCCUGAGGUGUGUUGCCCCAGCAGGUUACCGUGACAAAGCCCUCAAUAGCCUCAAAGACCAGAAUCUGCGCUGCCGGGCCUAGACUGAAGACACGCCAACCCUUACAACGUGCUGCCAAGACUGAAGCCAAACCAACCUUUACUCUACUCCAGCAUCCCGCAUUAGCCACGGUCCUGCUACAGAGUUACCUGUUAUACAACACCUACUACUCAGUUAUGGUCGAACGACAGCACAGUUACCCAUUUCUGUAUAACACCUAAACUCUUAGAAGAAAGGGUUCCAAAAGGGUUCUUUGUGAAGACAAUGGUUCUUUGUGAGGCAAAGGGUUCUACCUAGAACCUUUAAAAGCAUAAGAACUGUUUUUGGAAGAAAGGGUUCUUUGAUGAUUCUUUGGAAGGCAAGAAGAGUUAUACAUAGAAUCAUAUACUGUAUCAUAUAUCCCACCAUUCUCUAUUGCAGGGGGAUUUUCAGUAUUGUUUGUUUUAAUAUCUGUGUUUUUGCAUGUGCAUUGUUUGAUUGAUAUAUUUGAUGCUACACUUUUUUUGAAAUAAAUCCAAUCUGUCCGUAGU